UUAUAAAGCCGCAUAAACUGUGUUAAAGUCAUAGAGAAGCCGGACUUAAUCGAGAUAUGCUGCGUGUUUUCAGCUUGCUCGCACUUUGUGUGGCUGUGCAAUGCGCACAGCAUCAAACAACCACAGUAAAACCCAAAACGGACCAUGAGAAUAUUCAAGAAUUACUGGCUGAAAAUGCCGUCAAUAAAAGACAGAUUGAGGAUUUGACACGUCAAGUGAUGUUGCAGCAGACAUUUGUAGAGGAGAGGAUCAGAUCUGAUGGUAGCUCUGGUCUUAAACAGGUACGAAACAAUAUGGCUGGCACCCGGCCUUACUAUACAGCAGGUUUUGCAGGUAGUAGUGUAGCCGGAAUGCACGAACAUUCAAGUAACGAAAGGACUGUUGGUAUGGGUGAACUGAAUUUUGUUCUAAAUGGUGUUGAAUUCCGUACACGCCAUAAUGACUACCGACUGCGCAUGCCUGUGGCCAACGACAAGACUUACAAUAAAGUGAUAGACAUACCAUACCCUGAAGUACCACCAGCAGUUCUUGCCAAGCAAACUGUUCCUGAACAAGUUGCAGAAAUGAAAGAAUGGUUCAAAGCCUUUAAGAACCAGGAUCAUUCACAUCGUGACUACAGGAAUUACUUUAAACCGGUGUUGUGCUACAUGGAAGGUGGCUGGACUACCAAUACCAAGACUCUUGAGGAGCCUUUCUUCAGUGACAGGCAUUUCAUUGACGCGUCCAGCUGGUUUGACCUUCAAGACAAGGUUCGUUUCACCUCAUACUCAGGGGGCAAAAGCAACCUUGAAAACUUUGCUUAUCUACCAACAACAAUCAUGAAUGUUAUCAAUGGUACACCGGAAUAUGCCCAGUGGAACUACAGAAUUGUUUGUCAUCCAUUAAAGGACGAUCUGCCAACCAGUGUGUUCAAGCUUGAAGAUGACUUAGAAACUAGAAUGCAGCGUAAAAUACCGAUGGAAAAGGUUAACGAGACACGCUUGGCGAGAUAUUCUCUACGUGAAAGAAUUCCAAGAAGCGCAAGGGAUCUCAAGAGAGAAAGGAGCUACCACUGGGGUCUUCUCGAUGAAUUGAUGUAUCAGAUUCCAGGCAAGGAUAACUACGGAGUGACAAUCGACGAUGACGCCCUCGGACUGACUUUGUAUGACAUCAGAUCUAACACCGAUCCAAUGGUGAAAGUUAAUACAGCUCAUUAUCAUAGAUAUUACAAAGUCAUUGAGAAGGAUGCCAUGGGCAAUAAAAUUGUACACAGAGGCUUCUCAGAUCCAAACAUGUUUGCUGCACAGACUACAAAUCCAAAGAUAUCAGGGCUGUCGGUAACGACUUGUCACACUGAACGCCAAGGUCAUCACAGAGUCAAGACGUGCAAGUCGGUACAAGAAAGAUACACAUGGGCAGUGCCUCUCGAGGUUAUCUACUUGACGCCUCUGCUUAAAUGGAAUCCCUACAACCUCCAUCAUGUCGCUGCCUCAAAGGGUCCAUCUAUUUUCCCUGUCACUCAUGGUCCUAAUGGUACACGUAACGGUGGCUCCACCCCUGAGAAGGCAUAUAAUGGCACCCACGGAAAGGCUUUCUACCGAACUCCCGUGGAAUUGUUUUCUAGCACCAAGGCUGUCGGUGCUGACAGAGCUGACACUGCCAAAGGAUCAGUGGGAGUUCUCGACAGAAAUGGCGUGGUUCGAAAGACUGUUGCCUCAGGGAACCGUAUCGUCCUCCCGAGUAUUGAAGGGGUAGGAAAAGUAAGAACACGUUAUCCAAUCAUGCCGCUUCAUUCUGAUGGUCAAGAAACAAGGAAAGAACUUGACGCCCUCAAGGACAUGGUUAUGAAAAUGCCGACAUAUUCUUCCUUGUUUGAGGAAAUACCAACCACCGUCUCUAAGGCAAACACCCUUUACAACGAACAAGAACAUCUUCUGAAGGUCGCACCAACAACACGUGACCCUCCCGGACUCCACGAUCACGAUCUGAUCAUUCAUCAGUAUGACAUUGACGAUAUGAAGAAAGGUCACACCAUUAAGGGUCUACUUACCAGCAUUGAAAACGGGCAUCAGCACAGCGUAGAUAUCAAAAUGGACAGCCAUGGCAACUACAUCAUGGUGUCCUGCGACGGCAUGGCCAGGUGCUGGGAUGGGCAUGACACACAUCUUACACUGGACCACUGAACAAUUAAAAUGUGAUUUGCUGAUAUAAAUUUAUACAGCUUUUCUGAUUAGAAAUAAAAAAAAAUAAAAAAGGCA